AUGGCUCUAAAACCAUCACUCCUGUACCUCCUCCUCCUUUCCUCUGCCGCCGUCAUCUCCUCCCUUUCUCAUCCUCCCACCACCAAUGUCACCACCAUCUCCCCCACCCAUUCUCCCUCUGCCCACACCCCUUCUCCCGCCCCAACUCCCAAAAAACCGACCACUCCUAUUUCCAAUUCCACAUCUACCCUUGACCCAAAACAACUAAGAGCCCUCCAGUCCCUAAAUAUCCCAAUCUCCAAAGAUCCCUGCUCCGUCCGGCCUCACGUCUUUACCGCCACCGCCUGUGACUCCUCCAAGCCAUUCCGCCACCUCCUCUCUCUCACUCUCUCCAACUGCUCAGAUGAUGUAGCUUUAUCUCUUACUGCCCUCAAGUCCCUCUCCACUCUUAACACUAUCCAGUUCAUCAACUGCCCCAUUUCCCCCAUUCGCUUCCCCUCUGAACUUACUUCGAAUCUCCGUUCCUUCACUUGCAUCAACAGCCUCAACAAACUCACAGGGAUUUGGCUUAGCAGGCUACAAAAUGUAUCUGAUUUAACUGUUUCCCGAGUGAGUAUAACUGCCAGUGGCCCUUCAAUUAUCCUCAACAGCAUGAAAUUCUUGCAUUCUGUCACUCUUUCACACACAAAUCUCACUGGCUAUCUCCCAAAACAUUGUCAUUCAAAUCUCACUACUAUUGAUUUAUCGGGAAACAAUCUCAAAGGAAAGAUACCUCUUUCCUUAACACACCUCGAAAAUCUUGUACACUUGAAUCUGUCAUCAAAUUCCCUCAAUGGAACGAUUCCCACUACCUUUGGGGACUUGAAUGCGCUGCAGAAUCUUUCAUUGGCGUCAAACUCAUUGUCGGGAUCGAUCCCAGAAUCAUUAGCUGCAGUUCCCGGUCUAAUGCACCUCGAUCUGGGGUCUAAUAAGCUCAACGGGACAAUCCCAAAGUUCAUACAAGACAUGAAGAAAUUGAAGUACUUGAAUCUUGAGAAGAAUAGUUUCCAUGGAGUUCUCCCCUUCAAUGCAACAUUUAUAAAGAGAUUGGAAGUGCUCAAGUUGGGUGAAAAUUCCAAUCUUUGUUAUAACCAGUCAAUAUUGGGCUCAAAAGUAAAGCUUGGGAUUUCGCCUUGUGACAAACAUGGAUUACCUUUGUCUCCACCAUCUGCUAAGGACUCAUCUGAUGAUGAUUCUAGCGACAGUUCUAAUGAUGAAGAUUACAGUAAUGUAGAGGAAAAACAUCAUUCCCAUGGGCCAAGUAAGAUUGUUCUUGGUGUUGCAAUUGGGCUUUCUUCAAUUAUCUUUCUCAUUGUUUUCCUGUUCAGUAACAGGUUCGCUCCUGAAAUGGGUAAAAUGGGAUCUGUUGGAUACAUGCCUGGCCAAAUAAAACCUGAUUUCUGA